AUGGCUUCGCUCGCCAUGUCGUCUGUUGCCACGGCUCCGCUUCUCUCUUCCGCGGAGUCGUCUUCCUUCGUGCAGGGAAAGGCCCUUGCUGGCACUGCCAAGACUGCAGCAGUGAAGUCCUAUCAGCGUGCAGCAGUUCGCUGCCAGGCAUCCUCCGACGCGUCUCCCUCCUCCGACUCCUCCUCUUCUCUCGUCAUCCCCCGGCGCCAAGCGAUGCUCACUGCGCUCACCGCUGCCUCCAGCCCUCUGUGGGUGCCUCUGCUGACGUCGUCCGACCCCGCGCUUGCAGCCAACAUCGUACAGCGCGGCCAGCGGGCAGCGUACCUGAAGGGCCUCAAGGAGGACCUUUUCAACACCAUCAGUGCCAAUAAGGAGCUUGUGCCCGACAUCCUGCGAUUGGCCCUCAAUGAUGCGGCCACAUAUGACAAGGAGACCAGGACAGGAGGAGCGAACGGGUCCAUCCGAUUCAGCGAGGAGCUCUCACGCCCAGAGAACAAGGGCCUCAAGGCGGCCCUGCAGCUGCUGGAGGGGGUGAAGGCACGGGUGGACAAAGACGCCAAGGGCGGGCCUCUGUCUUACGCUGACCUGAUUCAAUUCGGAGCCCAAUCGGCCGUGAAGACCACCUUCCUGGCAGCAGCUGUGCGCAAGGCAGGGGGUGAUGACACCAAGGGGCUCAACCUCUACUUCGCCAUUGGCUCCCCCGGCCAGCAUGUGGGCACCCUCCUGCUGCUUAUUGGCCACUUUCCUGACCACUUUCAAAUGCCCCAGCUGUUCCCCCUCCACCUGACCCUCCCUCAAUCGCAGUGGGGUUUCUUUGACAAGCAGCUGGGCCGCGCGGAUGCGGAGCAAGUAGACCCGGCGGGGCGAGUCCCAAUCUGGGAGCAGCUCAGCGCCGCCGAGAUCAAGGAGAAAUUUGCUGCCUUGGGGCUGAGGCCCCGCCAAGUGGUGACCCUGGCGCUGUUCCUGGGGCGGGACUUGGAGGCUGUGGAGGCGAAGCUGGCGGGGGAUGAGGAGAUGAGCAAGUGGGUGGCCAAGUACAGGAAGAGCCGCACCACCGUGUCCCAGACCGACUAUGAGGUUGAUCUGAUUGGGGCAUUCCUGAAGCUGUCUUGUCUUGGGGCGCCCAUUAACACCGAGGCCUACACCUAUGAACCACCCAGGGUGGAGUUCAGGCUGUAG